AAAAAUUUAAAACAUUGAUUACACAAAUUUGACCAUUGUAAUGUCAUAAAUUCACUCUCUACCUGCCCAUCUAACCAUCCACACCCUUUAUUUCUACCCAUAAAUACUCCAUGCAACCCCUUCUUCUUCAUUACAAUAUUUCAUUUUUUCUCUCAUUACUACAAAUAUGUCGAAAAAAAUUGCUACUUCUUUUUUCUUGUUUUCUAUUUUUCUGGCUAUUUUUAGUUCUGGUGCCUGUAAAAGUGAUUACAUUCAAAAUGAGUGCUUGAAAGUUCCAAUUGCUGAUUUUGUUGGCUCUUUGCAGAGUGUUCUUGGGAUUAUUAGAGAUGUGACUUCUACAAUCUCGAAUUUUGGUAAUUUCUUCGGUGAUUUUCGUUUGAGAAAUGCUGUUAAUGACUGUCUUGAUUUGCUGGAUUCUUCUUCUGAUCAGUUGAGCUGGUCCAUGUCUGCUUCUCAGAAUCCCAAGGGAAAACAUAACAGUACAGGUGAUCUAGGUUCUGAUUUAAAAACAUGGUUAAGUGCUGCAUUUGUAAAUCAAGGAACAUGCACCGAAGGAUUUGAAGGAACCAACGGCAUUUUAAAAGCAUUAGUAGGAGGCGGUUUGAACCAAAUCACUUCACAAAUCCAAGAAUUAUUAAGCACAGUCGACUCAAAACCAAAUUCCGUCGCCAAAAAUGGAAAAAACGACGAUUUUCCUUCAUGGGUUAAGCAAGAAGAUCGAAAAUUGUUGGUCGUAAAAGGUAUGACGCCUGAUGUUGUAGUGGCAGCAGAUGGUACUGGAAAUUUUACUAAAAUAAUGGAUGCGGUUUUAGCGGCGCCUGAUUAUAGUAUGCGUCGCUAUAUCAUCUAUGUUAAGAAGGGUGUGUAUAAUGAAUAUGUUGAGUUGAAGAAGAAGAAAUGGAAUUUAAUGAUGUUUGGCGACGGUAUGGGUAUUACUGUCAUUUCUGGCAACAGAAAUUACAUUGAUGGCUGGACUACAUUUCGUACUGCCACCUUUGCGGUUAGUGGGAGAGGAUUCAUAGCUCAGGACAUAACAUUUGAGAACACAGCCGGACCUGCAAAGCACCAAGCCGUCGCUCUCCGAUCUGAUUCCGACCUAUCAGUCUUUUACAGAUGUGAAUUUAGAGGCUACCAGGAUACGCUCUACACUCACACAAUGCGACAAUUCUACCGCGAAUGCCGAAUCAGCGGAACAGUAGACUUCAUAUUCGGAGAUGCAACUGCGGUUUUUCAGAAUUGUCAAAUUCGAGUCCGGAAAGGUCUACCAAAUCAAAAGAACACCAUUACGGCUCACGGACGGAAGGACAUGAAUCAGCCGACGGGUUAUUCGAUCCAGUUCUCGAAUAUCUCAGCAGAUAUUGAUCUUUUACCGUAUGUCAAUUCAACAUACUCUUAUCUCGGCAGACCCUGGAAAAAUUAUUCAAGAACUGUUGUGAUGCAGUCUUAUUUGAGUAAUGUUAUUAGGCCAGAAGGUUGGCUUGAAUGGAAUGGGAAUUUGUAUUUGGAUAGUUUGUACUAUGGUGAGUACUCCAAUUUUGGGCCUGGAGCUGGGCUCGGUAAGCGGGUUAAAUGGCCCGGAUAUCAUGUCUUCAAUUCUUCUUAUGAGGCAAAUAAUUUUACAGUGUCUCAAUUCAUUGACGGGAACUUGUGGCUGCCGUCGACCGGGGUGAAGUAUACGGCAGGUUUUGGGGUUUAGGGUUUGGUGUGUACUGUUGGUAUGCUUUAGCAUCUUGUAAUACUUGUUCAGUUUUGUGUUUUAGCUAAUUGUAAAAGGCAAAGUAAGUACCAAUUUGGAAGUGGUAGGUUUGAAACUUUCAAUGUAGUGCUAUUUUUGUUAUACUAUGUUUGUGGAUAUCUAUAUUCUUUAACAAAAAGGUUUUUGUUUUUUGUUUUA